GUAUGGCCGUUGAGUCGCUUCGCAAAGAAAGACAUUUGAAUGCUAACGCGGCUUGCGAGGUUUAUAAAUUUUUCGCUUUUCGGCGAGACGACAACGCAUAAAAUGAGACUGUCAGCGCGAACAAGCAAUUGUCUUAUUGAGCCAAAGUGACCACGGCGUCAAUGGUACACCGAUGCAAUAAAGAAUUAGUGGCAGUGCUGGAAAUUGAGGUGACAUUGCCAUUAAGUCGCGCAUGCCAUUCAGCUGCAACAGCGGCUGGCUACUUGGUGAGAACUCCACAAAGGUCUUGAAGUACAACAGCGCCAAAGAAUACUGGACCGUCUGCCAUGAAAUCCCAGUUAAAGGUCUCUUUCGUACAGUAAUUGUGAAACAAUAUCUCUUAUUCUACGAUUGGAAGGAUGGCGUGAGAAUAUGUUGUUACGAUACAACAACACGCGCUAUACGCACCUUGAAGCCGCUCAAAGCGGAACAGCCUUUUUGGCGUUGUUAUUACGCUGUCGAAUUUCAGGAUCGCCUAUAUAUGAUAGGUGCAGACUCAGAUGAUAAUCGUAAAGUAUAUGUUUGGAACCCCGAAACCGAUAGUUUGACCGCUGCACCUAAGCUGAUUACUGGUCGCACAAGAGCUGCAGCGCUGAAGCAUGAAGGCUACUUGUAUGUGGUUGGUGGUAUGGUCACAAACAAUGGCACCGAUAGUGACACGAAUGCGGUCGAGCGAUAUAAUCCACGGCGGGAUCGUUGGGAGCAGUGUGCACCGCUGUUACAGGCGCGGGGUGCGAUAGCGUUAGCCUCCGCGGGCCAAUAUAUUUACGCUCUUGGUGGUGACUGCAGUGAGGUGCCGACAAAUAUGGUAGAGCGCUACGAUACGCACAACAACAAAUGGACACAGCUACAUAGGGAGCAACCGAUGUCUGCCUUACACGAUCUGCAACGUUUAGCCUCCAAUUACUUCACCCAGUCGCGUACCUCAUAA